AUGGCAGGUUUGGAUCUGACCACCACUUCUAGGUAUGCUCGCCACCUCGCUGACCUCCACCUUGCGCGUCACCACCCCAACCCUGGCUCCGACGACGACGACAACAACGGCAGCGCCAACCGGGGAGACCGCGACUGGUCGCCCUCGGCCCCACAGGGUGGGGACUUGGCGUCGCGGCGGCCGAGGGGGCGGCCGCCGGGGUCCAAGAACAGGCCCAAGCCGCCGGUGAUCAUCACGAGGGAGAGCGCCAACGUGCUGGGAGCCCACAUGCUGGAGGUCAGCGCCGGGUGCGACGUCUUCGAUUGCAUCGCCACCUACGCGCGCCGCCGGCAGAGGGGAGUGUGCGUCCUCAGCGGCAGCGGGGUGGUCACCAACGUCACGCUCCGGCAGCCCUCGUCCUCUUCUGGCACCGGCGGGGUGGUGACGCUGCAGGGCCGCUUCGAGAUCCUGUCACUUGCGGGGUCGUUCCUCCCGCCGCCAGCGCCGCCGGGGGCCACCAGCCUCUCCAUCUUCCUGGCUGGCGGGCAGGGGGAGGUGGCGGGCGGCAACGUGGUGGGGGCUCUCUUCGCCGCAGGGCCUGUCAUUGUCAUUGCCGCCUCCUUCACCAACGUGGCCUACGAGCGUCUGCCCUUGGAGGAGGAGGAGGAGGACCAGAGCAUUAACGUCCGCGGCGGCGGCAGCAGCAGCGGGAACCACUUCCCGGACCCCUCCUCCAUGCUUCCCUUGUUCAACUUGCCGCUCAAUAACACGCACCAGUUGCCGCCGGUGGACGGACACGGUUGGGCCAGCUCAGCGUCCGGUCAACCUGCGCCGUUCUGACAAUUAAGAUCCACCUGUAAAACUGCACAUGCCACUGCUCCAUCUUCAAUUUCCUCUCUUCUUUCUUCAACCUUUUCCUAAUCAUUUGUAUUUGUUCCUUCUUCAUUGCUCCUUCAUCAU